AUGUCUAAGAGAAUUUCAAUUUAUGAAGAAGACAUUGUUAUAAAACCAUCUACGGAACUAAUACCCGACGAAUACGAACACAAGUUAAAUAAAAAUGUUAGUUUUCACAUUUUCACGUUGCCUGAAAUUAAAAAUAAUUUGGAACAAAUUUGUGAAACGUUCAAAUCCAUCGGUUACAAUGUGAAUGACGACAAAAUUCAUAGUGUUGAUUCUAAGAUACAAUUCGAAAAAGAACUGGAGAAAGUGAGGGAUGGAUCAGGAAAUGGUGACGCUUUGUUCAUCAUAUUCAAUUAUUAUUUCAAAGAAAAUGGUACGAUCAAUUUGAAAAAUGAAGAAUACAGUUUAAUAAACAUUUGGACGCAGUUCACAACCAAAAAUUGUCCAGGAUUGAAAAAUAAACCUAAAGUGUUCGUUUUCCAACUUGCACCCUACCCAACUCAUAUUCUCACAGAUUCAAGUGUAUUGUCGACAAAAUAUGAAUUGACUUACGAUACUCCCUCAGAAGCCGAUAUGUUGAUAAUUUACCAUACCGAUUAUAAUUGUGAAGACGUUUUCCUAAACAACUUAUGUGAUAACAUUGAUCAAUAUGGCAAAACAGAGGAUCUCAUAACUUUAGCUUCAGUGACUGAUAUAACACCCAGACCAUUGAUUGUUUCUACACUCACAAGAAAAUUUUAUACUACAGUUAGCGCUGAUCGAGGACACCAUUUAGUAAUCAACGAAAACACCGAUGAGCUUCUACAAAUUUUAGAAGGAUUGGAUUCCCGUUUGGCUGUUUUAGAGGAUACAAAGAAAAAAACAAAAAAGGGUAGUUUCUUAAAAAGUUUUUCCUUAUCAAAAGAAUCGAAACACAAAAUUAAACCUCUCCAAGAAUUGGACAAGAAACAAAUCGUACAAAUUAAAAAGGACAAUUUAGAAAAAAAUAAUACAUUAGAAAAAAAGAAAAAUUGGGAAAAACCUCCUAUGAGAAGUAGAACUACUUCAUUAACUACAGCUGACGACUUCAGUAAGAAGAAUUCCCUUCGAAAAACUAAUGAGAAGGAGAAAAAAAAACCUUGGAGAUUUUAA